ACCCAGAAACAAGAUUUAAGGCACAUGGGCUGGGAAUUAGGAAACAAGUAAGAGCUUGGUCACUAGAGUUAGAAACCGCACCAGGGGUAAUCUACCAGUGGUGCGAGAUGUUGCCAGAUCUAAUCCAGCACUGCAUUUAUGAGGCUUAAGUAUCUCCUGAUUCUGGUUAAUAUUAGCUCAAGGUAUGGAGGGUGUCAUUGAACAUGCAGGUGAGACCUAAUGGUAGUACAGAGCGGGAACUGGAUCUCAAGGUUGUUUGGAAACAAAACUCAUGUGCUUUACUCUACACUCAUCCGAGAGAUACAAGAGAGGGACACACACUGGCUCUGAGGAGUGUGAUCCAUGUGCUCACUAAACUAGAAGCUUCUUGAGCAGAAACUGUCUUCAUCACCACAUACCUAGGGUGCCUAUCAGGGCCUGGCCUGUGCUGAGUGAAUAUUCGUUGAAUACAUAAAGGAAGGCAAAGAGGGCUGAACAAAUGGAGACACAGCCUCUGUUGGGUGGGGUAUUCUCUGGCUUUCCCAAGUUUCAGUGAAAUAUCCUUGCCCUAAACAUUCUAUACCAACUUAUUGUUCUUAUUCCAUGAUAUCCAAGCAACCUGCUGUUACAAGUUAAACUUUCCUAGUUUCUUCAUAUUGGAAAUGAAGUGAGUUCAACCACUAGUCAUUGUUACUUCCCAGUGUCAUUUAUUAUAUUGACAUCUGGUUAGCACCUCAGUGGCAUGUGGAUUAGGUGAGCUGUGUAAGUCUCCAAGAGGAUGAACAUCGUGGAUACAUUGAGAACAUCCAGUUUCUGGUUCCCCCUGAUUGAGGUUCACACCCUGAAAUAUGGGACCUACUCAUGAUCUGAGAGCCUCGAUAGCAGAAAAGAAAACUAGUAGAUCAUGAAAAUACUGGAGUAUAGAUCUAUGUUAUUUAUCCUUCAUAUUAUUGUUAUAUUUUUAAAAAAUUGGCUCCCAGGUGUCCAAAAUUGGGUUCAUUAUAUUGCUUAGGUUCAUGACACCUCUCAUGACAGUGUCACCAUUGGCUCAUAUACUGGCUCAAACAUUGUUGACUCAAACAAAAAUUCAGAUUUCUGUCUUCUCUUGAGAAAUUGAAGAAUCCUCCAAAAGAUUGGUUCUAUUUCACUGUAAGGCAGAAAUUAGUGGCUACUCAGUGCUGUCCCUGUUCAUACCAAUCUCUGUUGUCUCCUGAUAAGAGAAGUUGAAGUGUAUCACUGGACUUGAACCGUUAUUCUAAUCAAGUGGAAAGUAAACUAUUCUCUUGUGUCCACUUCACCGAUUUACAUUACCUGCCUGUCAGCAUUUGAGUUUGAGAACCCUGCUGUGGGAGGAAACUCCUGUGCCAUCCCUAAUAACUACUACCAUUCACUGAGCCCUUACUUAUAGGCAAAGCACUGAACUAACAGUUUUUCACACACUAUCUCUAUUCAUAUAAAACGCUAUGAGGUAAGAUCAAGUGUUAUCUCCAUUUUACAGGUGUGGAAACUGAAGCUCAAAGAGCUAAAUAACUGCCCAAGAUGAUAAAACUUCUAAUUUUUGACACUGGAAUUCAAACUUUGGCCUGCCUGAGUCCAUAGCUGGGCCUUUUUUGUUUGUUUGUUAACAUCUUUAAUGGAGUGUAAUUGCCUUACAAUGGUGUGUUAGUUUCUGCUUUAUAACAAAGUGAAUCAGUUAUACAUAUACAUAUGUUACUGGGCCUUUUAAACUUUACAUUACACAGCUUUUCUAACCACUAAUCUUAAAACAAUAGAAUUACUGCUGCCCUUCAGUGUUUCUUCCUCAUACUCAGUCCACAUGGGGCUGAAUUCCAGGAAGAGGGCUGAGCACUGCCCUGCCCUCGCCAGGGCCCAUGGUGGACACCCGCUCUGUGCCAGUGUCAGAGGGAGUUGUUGCUUUGUUGGAUCUGAGAGCUAUAGCUCUGCUGGACGGGAGGACGGGAGAUGCUGGGGUCGCUGUGACUCUGGGGCAGCUGCCCAUUAAUCACUGUUCCUGGUUUUGUGUGUGUUUAGCUGGGCUAUCCCAGUGUUGUCCCAGGGUCAUACCUGGGGAAGAGCAUAUAAAGGGGCUCGAGGUCUAGACCUGCAGCUCUCAGACCACGGAGAUGGGGAAGCUGUUGCUUUGGGUUGGUGAGUGUGGUGGGUCCCAGCCCCACAAUAUCUCUUAGUUCAGGAGGUGCCAGGCUUCAUAAGCUCAUUGUCUCGCUGGUUCCUGGGAAGCAUUCUGCGACUCAGGGCCCUGGAUUAGGUAGAGGUAGGACAGGACACAGUGAAGGGCCAGAGGGGCCCAGGGGGGAGAGAUCAGAGCCGUGGUGGUACCCUGGCUGCACAUUAAACAUUUUUAUGCCUGGCUUCCACCUCAGACCAGUUCAUUCAGAAUCUCUGGGGGAGGAGCCAGGAUAUCACUACUUUUAAAUUGGCAUCCAGGGUUGAGAACCAUUGACCUAGAGCUUUUGCUGGGACUUCUAAAUGUCAUGGUUGUCCCUGUGCAAAGCAUGUGUGUAUACGUAUGGUGUUUACUGAAGUGGAAAGGAGAUCAGAUAGAUCUGGCUUCACCUGCUCAGUGCAGAGAAGAGGAAAGAGGGAAGAGUGUGUGUGUCUCCAUUUGCUUGAGUUGGUGGGUGUACUCAGAACUGGAGGGUGUGCUGGGGUGUGUCACUCCGGGUGUGCCUGUGAAUCUGCGUGUGAUUCCUCCUUUGUGUCCUGCAGGGCUGGUUCUUGUGCUGAAACACCACAAUGGUGCUGCCCACAAACUGGUGUGUUAUUUCACCAACUGGGCAUUUAGUCGGCCCAGCCCUGCUUCGAUCCUGCCCCGGGACCUGGACCCCUUUCUCUGCACCCACCUGGUAUUUGCCUUUGCCUCAAUGAACAACAAUCAGAUUGUUCCUAAGGAUCCCCAGGAUGAGAAAAUCCUCUACCCAGAGUUCAACAAGCUCAAGGAGAGGAACAAGGAGCUGAAGACACUGCUGUCCAUCGGGGGGUGGAACUUCGGCACAUCGAGGUUCACCACGAUGCUGUCCACAUUCGCCAACCGGCAGAAGUUUGUCACUUCAGUGAUAGCCCUCCUGAGGGCACAUGGCUUUGAUGGUCUGGACCUCUUCUUCUUGUACCCUGGACUCAGAGGCAGCCCCAGGCAUGACCGCUGGACCUUUGUCUUCUUACUUGAAGAGCUCCUGCUUGCUUUCAGGAAGGAGGCGCAGCUCACCAUGCGUCCAAGGCUGCUGCUCUCUGCUGCUGUCUCUGGGGAUCCCCGUGUCAUCCAAAAAGCGUAUGAUGUGCACCUCCUGGGGAGACUACUGGAUUUCAUCAGCGUCUUGUCUUAUGACUUACAUGGAAGCUGGGAAAAGUUCACAGGACACAAUAGCCCGCUGUUCUCUGUGCCCAAGGACCCCAAAUCUUCGGCAUAUGCCAUGAACUACUGGCGAAAGCUUGGGGCAGCACCUGAGAAGCUCCUUAUGGGGCUCCCCACCUAUGGACGUACUUUUCGCCUCCUCAAAGCCUCUGAGAAUGAGUUGUGGGCAGAAGCUGUGGGACCGGCAUCUCCAGGGAAGUACACCAAGCAAGCUGGCUUCUUGGCUUACUAUGAGAUCUGCUCCUUCAUCUGGAGAGCGAAGAAGCGCUGGAUUGAUGAUCAGUAUGUCCCAUAUGCCUACAAGGGGAAGGAGUGGGUUGGCUAUGAUGAUGCCGUCAGCUUCAGUUACAAGGCAUUUUUCAUAAUGAGAGAGCAUUUUGGGGGGGCCAUGGUGUGGACAUUGGACCUGGAUGACGUCAAGGGCACUUUCUGUGGAACUGGCCCUUUCCCCCUUGUCUACACAUUGAAUAAUCUCCUGGUGAAGGCUGAGUUCAGCUCAACUCCUCCACCAAACUUUUGGCUCUCAACUGCUGUGAAUUCUUCAAGAAUUGGCCCAGAAAGGCUGACUGUGAUCAAGGAUUUGACCACUGAUUUGGGGAUCUUGCCCCCAGGAGGGGAGGCUGUGGCCACCGAGACCCAUAGAAAGUCUGAAACUAUGACCACAGUCCCCAGAGGUGGGCUUGUGACCCCUACAAGGGAAACUCUGUCCUUUGGAAAACACCCCUUAGCUCCAGAAUGGAAGACUGAAACCCCUGGAGAGGAGACCAUGACCCCUGUGGGCCACCAGGCUGUGACCCCUGGAGGGAUAACUGUGGCUCCUAUGCAUCUUCAGACUGGAGAGAAAACCAUGCCCCCAAGAAGGAAGGCUGAAGCCCCUGAGAAGAUGACCAUCCCCUCAGGAAAGAUGACAGUCACCCCUGCUGGGCAGACUGAGACUCUUGAAGAGAAUUUGACUUCUGAGGCGGACCCUGAACCCCUGGUGGGUUACUUUCGUCUUCACACAGAAGCUGGAAACUGGAUGCUACUCUCUGGUCCUGUCAUCUCGCCCCCAGGACACACUCCUCUUGCUUUUGACAAGCCCUUUGUUCCCAGAUGGAAUCAUUCCUCUGAUGACUCAGUAACCCUUCCAGUGAGUCCUCUCUCUCUAAAGAAAGAAAAUCCAGAAAACUCUGCUGUGGACCGAGGAUCUUAAGAUCUGUUGUUGGCAGAAAUUGGGGAAGGUCCUUGCCUUUUCUUCUAGGUCCCCUGACCAAAGCUGCCUGUGCCCAGCCAUUCAUAAACCAUUCUUGGGGCAAAGCAGGCCCCAGGCCACACUGAGUUAAUCUCUCUUCUGUUGAAUAAACUGGAAGCAUAAGAAUUCA